AUGAAUAUUGAUGUGGUUAACAAUAAUAUUGACGUCAAACACAGUAAUAAUAUUAAAGCUGGAUUUUUCGACGAGUCACGUGGCGUUAGGAUUCUGCAAUCAUGCAACGGGCUAUUUCUCUGUUGCAGUAACUCGGCCAGUGAUUGCAAUAAGAGAUAUUACGUCUACAAUCCCACAACCAAGAAUUUCUCGACACUUCCGAAAAUAAGCGGAGUAGGUGGGAUAUCGAGGAGAAUGUGCGGGAUGAACUUGGCUUUCGAUCCUGCAAAGUCUCCUCAUUACAGAGCUGUUUGUGUCGGAAGAUUGCAGUUAGACUCCGGCGAUUACCGAUAUCAGUUUGCGGUAUACUCGUCUGAGAAAGGUCCGUGGAGGAAAUGGGGCGACCCGUUUAUGGCUGAAGUCGGUUUUGAGAAAGGGGUGUAUUGGAACCGAGCCAUCCAUUGGAUCAGCAACGGAACCGCAAAUUCUUGCUAUUUCAAUCUCGAGCGCCAAGUGCUCAAGAUAAUGCCAAUGCCGCCAAUCCCAGACGAAUGGGAUUGGAGAAGCAACUCUUACAUCGGUGAGUCAUGCGGACACUUGCAUUAUGUUGAGUUUUUUGGGGCGCAAAUUCAGUUUGAUGGAUAUGAAAUGAAGAUGGAUCAUUCGGAGUGGUUUGUCAAGUAUCGAGUCGAUCUUUCGCGUGUUGUUGAUGUUUAUCCUGAAAUGAUCCAGGAUUCGUUCUUGGUUUUGCAGAUACCAGGGAAAGUCGUACGAUACAAUCUCAUUUGCAAGACUUUCGAGACGAUGCACGAGUUCGAGGGAGGUGAAAGUGAAGGUUCUUUGAGUUUUUUGGGUGCGAAUGGAUUUCAAUACACUGGGUCACUAUGUUGUGUUUAG